UCUGCCAUGAAAAAUCUUGGUGCGGUGCUCACUACACAAGAGGGAGCCUUCAAGACCCUGUUCGAGAGAGCAUCAAGUCUCGAACUCGUGGCCAAGAAGACACACAGCCCGGCGGUCAUUUCGGCCAUCUCCGAGCUGUUGGAGGUCGUCAACGGCUUCCACGGAAGUAGGAACGACGUCAUUUCUGCCUUCAACACGGCGACCGGGCAGAUCAGGUCAUUCCUGGCCAAAGGCCGAGGGGCACCGCCGUCUUCCAGAUGCGCGUCUACCCAGACGGUGGCCUCGGACGUCGCGGAAGAGAAGCGCCAGAAUGUUGUGGCAACCAGGGACGCUGCCACCAACACUGAUGCAAAUGUAAAAUCGUUGCCGCCCGGAAAUGCGUCCAAGGCUCGGGACCCAGCAAGCCAACAGCGGCAGCCACAGCUGCAACGCAGGCGGAAGAAACGGCUAUCUGAGCAGGAACGGAAGCGCCAAGUGAAGCAACGGCAGCAACAGCAGCCCCAACAGCAAGAGCAACAUGAUCUGCCCCGGCAACGGCAAAAACAGCCGCAGGAACCGCAGCAGCAACCCCAGCAGCAGCAGACCUGGAGCGAGGUCGUUAGGAAAAGGAAGCCACCGAAGCCGGCCCAACAACCGCGCUCGACCACCGACCAAGUGGCUCUCCUGCGGAAGCGGGCUCGGCGAUCCAUGGCGGUCACCAUUGACCGGCCGGCGGAAGGAGGCUCCCUAGCUUCCGUGAUGAGGAAGAUAUCGAGUUCGAUCAACCUCCAGUCUCUUGGCGUCAAGGUCCUGACGACGAGGAAGACUAGAGCGGGAGGAAUUCUCCUUGAGAUUGAGGGACACGAUAAAGCUACACUGCUAGCCGGGAAGAUCCGGGAGGUGGUAGGAGAUGCGGCCAGGGUCAGGAUACCCGAGCCCCGUACGCAAAUUUUACUGCUGGGAAUUCCUGAAUGGGCAGAGGCAGAGAGCGUCGUUGCCGGCGUCUCUCAGGCGGGAGUUACCGGAGUCACCUCAGAGCACGUGACCAUCCGCAAGAACUCUGGUGGAAGAGGGGAGUUCGUCGCGAGCUUACACUUGCCGAUCAAGGACGCCAUCACACUUGCGGAAAAGAAAGCGGUCACCGUGGAGUGGACCAGGUGCAGGGUGAAACUGUUGGCCAGCAACCAGCCCACCUGCUUCCGCUGCCAAGGCAAAGGUCACCUUAGCGCCGAGUGCCGGAACGAGGCCAAGCCCCGCCGCUGCUUUAGGUGCAAAGCCGACGACCACCUGGCGAAGGACUGUGCCCUGCAGAAGCAGGCGCAGCAGCAGCAGUCGCAGCCCUCAACCUCAAGCUGUGAGGAGCUCGCAGAAGAAAGUGGAGCUGUGUGAUGGGACUCAACUUCAUACAGUGCAACCUCAACCAUUGCCGCGUGGCACAAGACCUCGUCGCGCAAUUCAUGGUUGAACAAAGAAUCGACGUCGCCUUGC